CUGGUAUCUUUCAUCUUGCAGCCUGAAAAUGUAAGAGGUCUUAAAUACACUGUGGCGCAAUGAGAAAGGAAGUGGUUAUAUUGCAUGUGCAGUGAGCUACCUAAAUGAGUGUGUUAAAGUGACUCAAACUAACUAAACUAAUACAACAAAUACACAGUAUAAACUUUUAAGUGACUUUUGUCCCAAUGGACCACAGAUGAAAAUAAUCCAUCAGUUAACGCUGGUGCAACAUACAAAACCUUUUUACUUUAAAUAUAGUGCUAUUAAUUAUUCAAACUUUGCAAAGAUGCCUACAGGAUCUAUUGAAAUAUAUAAUAGUAUUCUUGUUUAGCAUUAUCUUUAUCAUGUUUAACUUCUUAUUUAACAGACUUAAAUGAUUUCAAUAAUUACAGUUUUUAUCAGCAGAUCUCAAACAGUAAACCAGAGCUUAGAGAGGAAGUUUGAAUAGAGAAGUGGCAGCAUAGAGAAGCACACAGGAAAAACACAGUUGUGGCACAGAGGGUCUGAACUCUGAAGUCAGGGCAGCCAGAGACUAUGAUGUUUAUCUUUGUGAUACUGGGACUUCUGUCUUGCAAUGAAUUAGCAGUGUCUGGUGCUGUGACUCCUGUGUUUGUGCAGCUGGGAGAUGAUGUACUUCUGGAAGUCAAGAAACCUGUUGUACUGACUGAGGAGACAGAUUUUUUUUGGAAAUUCAAUACCACUUACUCUAUAGUAAAAUUACCAUAUGAAAGCAAAGAAAUUAUCUUUAAAAAGUACUCAGGAAGGGCUGAGUUGUCUGACCAAAAUCACUCUUUGCUAUUAAAGAAUCUACAACAGGCCGACAGUGGACGUUAUGUUGCACUAGUGGCUGGUGAAAGAGACCGAAUCAUAGCUGAAUACAAGGUCAUAGUCCAAAAUCCGGUGUCUCCAGUUAAGCUGUCAGUGGACUCUGUCUCUAACAGCGCAGACUCCUGUAACCUCACUGUGACCUGCAGUACACAGGACCGUAACAUCAGCAGCACUUUUGGAUGUGACACCCAAACCUGCUAUCAGAAGGGAGGGGAGCAAUCAGAGGACACAACCUCUGGUUCUUCUCUCCGUGUCUACCUGUUGAGUGACUCCAUCUUCUGUAACCAUAGCAACCAGGUCAGCUGGACCAAAGACUUGAAGAAGAUUUGGCUUCUCUGCUCUUCAACUGCUGGGUCCACAGCCGUGACUCCUGUGUUUGUGCAGAAAGGAUGUGAUGUACUUCUGGAAGUCAAGAAACCUGUUGUACUGACUGAGGAGGAAGAUUUUUUUUGGAAAUUCAAUACCAGUUACUCUAUAGUAAAAUUAUCAUAUGAAAGCAAAAAAAUAAUCUUUAAAAGAUACUCACAACGGGCUGAGUUGUCUUAUCAAAAUCACUCUUUGCUAUUAAAGAAUCUACAACAGGCUGACAGUGGACGUUAUGUUGCACUAGUGACUGGUGUCACUAGAGACCGAAAAUUAGCUGAAUACAAGGUCAUAGUCCAAAAUCCAGUGUCUCCAGUUAACCUGUCAGUGGACUCUGUCUCAAACAGCGCAGACUCCUGUAACCUCACUGUGACCUGCAGUACACAGGACCCUGACAUCAGCAGCACCUUUAGAUGUGACACCCAAACCUGCAAUCAGAUGGAAGGAGAGCAAUCAGAGGACACAACCUCUGGUUCUUCUCUCCAUGUCUACCUGUUGAAUGACUCCAUCUUCUGUAACCAUAGCAACCAGGUCAGCUGGACCAAAGACAUGAAGGAGAUUCAGCAUUUCUGCCGUCUUGCUGGUUCAGAGAGUCUUUCUGCUGGUAUCCCUGUGUGUCUGGUGAGGACAGUCGUGUUUUCUGUCGGUCUGGUCAUCAUGGUGUCUGCCGUCAUCAGUGUCCACCUGAUGGAGAAGCUCAAGAAGCAAAAAUGAAGAGACAAAUCUACACCAACCAAUCUGUCAUGCACAUUCUCAUCUGGAUUAACCUCAAAUUAAUAUAAAAGCAGAAAAUCAUUAAUUAUACAAAUCCAUCAUACAUGCUUUCAUUUCCUCAGGUUUAGAUUACUGUGAUGGUCUCCUAACUGAAGCAUCUUCAUUCAUUCUGAUCAGGACUUUGGGCUGGAUUAAUGUCCUAGAAAUAAAUCAAACAACCGUGUUAGAAAAAUGUUUUCCAUCUUUUCUUUGCUUGACAUACUCAGUACAGUAUAUAUUCAAACCUGCUGUUUGGACAGGUGGGUCGUGGUACAUCUGGAAAUAAUUCAGUUCACAGCAAAAAUUUAAACACAAGAAAGCAGCACAAACAGUGCUGUCUUCAGUGACAUCUGCAUGUGGCAGGUUCAGUAGGAGCAAGCAGCAGCACCAGUACAGCAGACUGGGUGAAGCAGCUGUUAUAGCAGAGAUGGAGGUCAUUUAGAUAGACUGCCAAGUCAUUAGGAUAAAGUGUUUGGUGUGCAUGGUUAUAGGCUGACCAGUGCAUUAGGAAGGCUGUAUUUCUGUUCCACUUUAACACACACACAAGGUUUUUGAUUUUCAAAACAUUUCACCUGGUUUUGAAAAUCAGGUCUUCAAUGUUAAA